AUGGCUACUCUUUUCGGCCCAAGCAUAUCGGAUACAGAAGAAUGGACUCUUCCAGUGUGGGGCGUUAUUUUUGAUCGACUAGCAAGCGGAAAUGUAAAAGGAUCAGGCCUCACAAUCGGAGGAGGCAGCUCAAUCUCAGAGAAAACCCCAGCCCAGCAAAUCCAGUGGGCAACUAAGCUGCCUCUUGAUAAGCUUGAGCAAUUUACCAUAGAUGCAAUUCUCAACAGAUUCGUUGGCUUUUCUCUGGGGGUUCGAUAUAUGGAGGAGGACAAGAUCCACACUUUACAUCAGCUUGUGCAGCCCGGCUGUCCGCUCCGAUCCAAGGUCAACACGUGGCUUCGCUGGGUAGAAACCGAGGAUUUAAUGAAAUCUAUGAUCCGAUCAUACGAUAGUUAUGAACUUGCGCAGGCAGAUAUAGAGCAGGUUACGAAGUGGCCAAGGGAAGCCGACAACCACCCUUUCAAAACCAACCCCGCCUAUGACGCCGCGGUAAAGUGCUCCCACUGUCUCCAAUUUCUAGUUGAGCAAGGAUUCGUCAAGCUUAGUGGCUACGACCUAUCAGGCAGAAACUGGCUCAAGGCAGCCUUGAACGGCAGCAAUGUUGAACUUCUCGACUAUCUUGCCGAGCACAUGGAUCCAGAGGACUUGCUCAAACCAAGAGAUAUUCGAGACCCGGUGAAUGCCGGAAAUCACAUCCUCCUCACGCUUGCCGGAUACGGCGCUUUCAAGGGCUUUGAAAUUGCACUCAACAGAAUGAUCCAGGAAGGCGUUCUCAGAACCGAGCAACUCAGCGAAAUCUUCCACCCAGCAGCCGUACACGAACUGUGUACCGUUGUGCCCCCGUCCGUAGCAAGUGCCCUCUACGCCAAAGGAAUCAACAUCGGCAACAUCGAGCAUCAGCACCACCCUCUCGGCGGCCAACUCGACGGCUCCUGGCACAUGGCCGCAGCCUUCAACCCCUUCGCAGGCGAAUUCAUGGACUGGCUCCACAAGCAUUCCCUCCUCACCCCCGAAAACCGCAACCAAGACAACGAAACACCCCUCAUGUACGCAGCGAACUUCAACGAAAUAAGCGCCAUAACCUGGCUAUGCAAACAUACAGACCCGGCCCUGCCCCGCUUCGACGGCGGCGCCCCAGGCUAUGCCCUCCUCUGCGCCGCCAGAAGCUCCUACCCAAACAGCCCGCAAAUCUUCUGUCUGAUCCUCGACGCGAUGCCGAAAGCCGUCUUCACAGUCGACUACGGCAAGAUCUGCGGCACCGAGAUCGCAGAAGGCCUCGUACGCCACAAGACCAAGUUGGCAAAGGGCCAAAUCCAAGAGCCGUCCCUGGUAGACAUAGAGCGCGCCCAGGUCUGGAAAAUGCAGGCCCUCGUCUGCCGUCUGCCGGGCUUCUGGCCGGGAAGUAGCUGGCACCUUGGGCUGGAGGCGUACGCAACUAACAAUGGCGUCGCUGUGCUGAGGCAUAGCAUGGGCACGGAGACUCGUCGGACGCGAAGUACGUCGGCGCGCCGUCGUCAGGCGGAGGCGGAGCAUGAGGAGGCGCUGGCUGAAAUGGCACUGUUUGCUGUUGCUCCGGAACCGAGGAUUCAUCGGAGUAAUGCGGUCAGGGGGAGGGGGACGGCAACUUCGGGUCGUCCGCGUAGUGGGCAGCGGGAUAGUGCGCUUGGGCGGACGAGGAAUUCGAGUAAUAUGGUUACGAAGAAUGUGCGGAGGAGGCAGAUGGGGACUCAGAGGAGUUAG